AUGACCCUAGCUGGAAAACAGCCCACAAACCCAGCCAUCAUUGUGGCAAACACCAAAAAGUCCCGUAUUCUAACCAUGCUGUUCGUAAACGCCUGGCACUCGGCAUUGCAUCGUGCGGACUGGCACCAUGUCAACGACUGGCAUACAUGCGAGUAA